AGUCGUUUUCACAUUUUGAAGGAACGAAAUCCUUUUCCGAACUGAAGAGCUCAGACGGGGUGACGGCAAAUCUCCACUUUUCACUCUUUUUUUAAUUCUAACUGCUGUUUAUAAUCUCACCAACAAGCACCAAGAAGCAUGCGAUGGAUAAUUUAUUUAACGCUGGCAGGUAUUGUGUUGACAUCUCCAGAAACACAAGAUGCAGUUCUUUUACAAGUAGAACGAAAUCAGACAGACAAAGGAGUAGGAGUGACCAUCACAUGUCUGUUGCCAAAACAGAAAAGUUUCAACAUUGAGAGCACAUUUGAACUGUACAGGGAUGGAGUGCUCUUCGAGUCAAAAUCCACGUGGGGUUUGAAGGAGGCAAAAUUUCCCAUUCAAACCAACACUAAAAGUGAGGAGAGUUACAUGUGUGUGUUAAAACUGGGCAAAUCCUACAUCAAGAAGAGCGCCCCUGUCAUUCUCAAGAGCAAUGAUAGUGCUGGCAAACAAUCAGCUCUCUUCAUCACUGCAGGGGUGAUUCUCUUCCUGAUGUCAGUAGCAGGAGGAAUAGUCACCUUUCUCAUUAGGAAAAAAAAUAAUGAAACUAACAGAGACUGUUCAGCACUGAAUGAUGCUCCUCAAGAUGCGUCUGUUAUUUACUCCGAGGUGAAACUCAAGAAAUGCACCACCAGUGAAAUGGCCAAACAGGAGGACUGCAAUAUGGUGUACUCAAAAAUUACCUUAAAAUCCAAGACUUGUACUGUGCCACUCCAGUCUGAGAAUGCCGAAAUACACACUGAAGAGAGGCUGUGCUGACCAUACCGUGAAAACUAAUGGAGGCAUGACGUGUGGUUAAAGCUUUGGACCUCAAACCCUGAGGUUGUGAGUUCAA